ACGUACCUGUCAAAAAACAUAAUGACGGAGUUGUCACGAGAAAUCGGAGAAAUUUGGACUCGAUUAUUCGACCAUAGGCCGUUCCUAAAUGGAGAGAUAAAGUUUAUGUUAAAAGAAUUUGAGGAGAAACGUGGUGACAGAGAAGUUGAAAAUCUUUUCAAUAUUCUAGAAAAUAUAACAGAUAUCAAAGAUACCCAAUUGGAUAAAAUUCAAAGAAGUUCAAAAGCAGCUUUGCCUGUACUUAGUGAAAAGUUACAACAAGCUUUAACACUGACUGAGGAAGUUGAAAAGGAGUAUCUUGUAAUACAACAGGAGUGUGCUAAAAAGCGACUUGAAAAUAAAGAAAAACGACAAAAAGAAUGGGAUCAGUUCAUUGAUGAUAUGAACUUUAAGUGUCAACGAAUUGAUAAUACAUUUGAAGAAAAAGAAGAAGAGCUAAGAGAUUUAUACGCUGAUUUAAAUCAUAAACUUAACAUUACUAAUAAAUAA